UCGUGCCUUGUGACAAGGCCAGCCGUCAGGAGGAAGUGUUUAUUGGCCCAUCAGUCAGUCAGUCUCUUCUCGCCGAAGCAACCAGGGAUUAACAUAGACCGUAACAUCAUAACUUCACUUAUCAACAGUUUUUACCGAAAGCGAUCACCAGGUGUGGUUAUUGAUGGACUCGUGGAGACCGGUAUGAAUCUCUAUUGGGCGAUCUUUCUGGUGGCGGUGGGCUGUGUGGGAGGUCAGAUGCCCCAAAACGGACCGACUUACCAGUGUCCGCCUCGCCAGGAAAUCAACCCAUGCGUUUGCGUCGUGAAGAAAAACGGGCUAGACAUACUUUGCGAGUUCACGGAUUUCUUCCACAUUAACAAGGCGAUGGCUGUAAUUAAGGGCAAGUCGAACAUCGUCGUCUACUACCUCAAAUUGAGGCACAACAACCUGCCAAAGCUGCAAAGCUUCAUCUUUCUCGGGAUUGACAUAAGGCACUUGACGAUUCACAACAGCAGCUUGGCCGUCGUUGAAGAAUCGUCACUCAGCUCAAUGGGAAUUGGCCUGACCCAGCUGGAUCUGUCGCAGAAUUCGCUUGGGACCGUGCCGUCUCCGGCCUUCCGGAACCUACACCACCUCCUCAUCCUGAAUUUGAACCACAACAAGAUCACUCAGAUCCACGCCAAGGCGUUCGAGGGGCUCGACACCCUCGAGAUCCUCACCCUUUACGGGAACAAGAUCACCCUCAUCGAGGACCAGGCCUUCAAAGGACUGACCAAGAAAAUGAGGCGACUGAACGUUGGAGGCAACGAACUCACGUCUAUACCGAAAGCUGUCGGACAUCUGGAAAAUCUCAGAAAACUGGAGAUGCAGGAAAAUUCCAUAACGCAAAUCUCAGAAGCGGACUUCGAAGGAUUGGUGAAUCUCGAUUCGCUCGGACUGGCCCACAACCACCUGAGGACGGUACCGGCCCGAGCAUUCAGCCAUUUGAGGCUUCUUAACUCGCUGGAACUGGACGGUAACCUCAUCACGCACAUAGAUCCAGAUGCGUUCGUUGGUCUUGAAGAAAACCUCCAAUACCUCCGUUUGGGCGACAACAAUAUCCACGUGAUCCCUAGCGACGCGUUGAGGAGGGUCCACAGGCUGCGACACCUAGACCUGAGGGCCAACAAUAUCACAUACAUCAGCGAUGAUGCUUUCGCAGGAUUCGGCGAUUCCAUCACCUUCCUCAACUUGCAGAAAAACUCGAUUAAAACUCUCCCAUCUCUUGGGUUCGACAACCUCAACUCCCUGGAGACGCUAAACCUACAGAACAACAAGUUAGUUCACAUCCCAGAGGAAAUCAUGGAACCGAUAGUAGAUACUCUUAGAGUUGUUGACAUAAUGGAUAACCCGCUUGUUUGCGACUGUGAGCUACGCUGGUACCGGGACUGGCUUAAGAACCUAAAGGACAAAGACGAUGAGAUGAUGCAGAAAAAGAGGACAGUCUGCACGAUGGUACAGGAACACAGGGAAUACCCAGUUCAAAACAUGCCACUCGACAAGAUGAAUUGCGUGGGUAAAAACAUGGAGAGGAUUUCCAAUUCUCUAGGUGUUAAGCUGCAAAUGACAUUUUUUGUACUUGCAACACCAGCCUUCGUGAUAUACCACUGAACCUUCCUCAGAAUCACAUCAAAAUGCAAAGCAACAUUUUUUUUUUUAAUUGAUGGUACUGUAGGCGAUAGUAACUGUAAAAAACAUUGUGUGAUAGCACCAUAACUCAACUUUUUAUUUAGAAUUUUUUUAAAAUCAUGUAGCUAAUUGGAAUUUAGAAAAAGCAAACUUUUGCUGUAUAUGUUAAAAAAAUUAAUCCAUAAGGGAUUUUUUCAUUUAUAGUUUGUUUUUAUAAUUUAAACAUUUUCAAAAUGCAUUUAAAAAUGAAGCAAGGAUUCUAAGAUUGUUUCUAAAUCAAGGGGGAGCCCAGUAAUUCAAACAUAUCUUAAUGCCUGUGAAAUAUUAUAAAAAUUUAAUCGAACAUAUCAUGCUAAGCUUAAAAAACAUAUCAGCUGUUGCCUGAAAAUCCAAAUCAAUUUUUCAGGUUUUUCUUGCCUAAUGUUAGCUUUUAUAUAAACAUUUAAAUUUAUAUAAUUAAUUUCUUUUGUUUUCGUUUUAAUAUAGUUAAAAAAUAUCUACUUCACAUUUUGAUGUAAACCGUUUGUAUAUAAUUAUACUAAAGUGUACUUUGAAGUUAAAUAUUGAUGUCGCACCCUUAUAUAUUUAAUUUGAAACUCUUUAGAAGACAAAAACAUGUAGGACCUCAUUUUAGUUUUAUUUACGCUGUUAUCAACCUGAAUUAGAACGUAAAAUUUAUGUUCCUUGUUGAAAAUUUGUAAGAAUAACAUCAGUUAAACUUGAUUAUUUUUAACAAAUAAAUUUUUUAUAUUUAGCUUUGAAAGCAAUAAUUAAUGAGAAAUUUAAAAAAAAUUUUAAAGUGUAAAAAAAAUCAUAUACAUAUCAGUAAGUGAACUGUUAAAUAAGCAUAUCACCUGUGUUUAUAGCAUUUUGCUUUUUUUAUAAAAUAAAGAUGGUUGUAUAAAUUUUUAAAGAUUAUCUUUGUGGGAAAAUAAUGUGUUAAGUUUAGCGAGUAAGUAGCCAAACGGCGAACCAAACCAUUCACGAUACAUAUCUUUUGCUGCUGUGUCGCUCUUAGCUAGCUGUCUCCCCGCGGUUGUCAUUUAGAAAGAACAAAACAUUUAAAGACAAGAGAUAAAAUCUAUCUCGAUAUUUUUUUAUGUGUCAGUGCCGUUAUCUAGGAUGGCCGGAGGGAGGGUUCAGGGAGCUCAGCAGCAAACCUUAAUUGUAAAAUUUGUCCUGUCGAAAAAAAAAAUCGUUUGUAUUGAAUUUAUUGAACUUUUGACAAGAUGUAGAUGUGAUAAAUCCAUGUGUGCAUGGUGUAACUUAACAUACAUAUCUUUCUAAACAUAUCCUGGGAGAAUACAUAUAUGGAAAAAAUUCUAUAUUUUAAGUGUUUUGAUUUUGUGUAAAUUUAUUAAAUAUAUAAUAGCCAUGUUGUUUAUGUCGUAUUUAAAGAUUAUAUAAAUAUUGUCUUUUAAUAUUAUUUGAAAGCAAUGAAAUCUUCAAAUUUUUGGAUGUAAGAGAAACCCAAAAACAAAAAAAUAAAAGAGCAUUAUAUAUGAACGUUUAAAACAUUAAUUAU